GGGUCAAGCUCAGAAAUUGCGGGUCUCAGAGCCAGAGUCCAUGGAGCUGGGCCAGAAGCCAGGUACAACUACUUUGACAAGGACCCACCCAGACAACAAGGAGGGCCAGCAGGACAUGGACUCCCGGAGAGCUGCCCAUAGCAACUUGGAGGGCUCCACAUUCAAGCACCAGCCAGGGCUCUCCCAGAGCCCUCGAGGCAGUCCCCUGGGCCAGGGCCACCUGGAGGUCCCGCCUCUGCCACCAACUCCUGCCAGCAGGACUUCUCUGACCAUGGGCUCACAGCCCGAGGAUCUGAAGAAGGGGGCAUCUAGAUCCAACUCGAGAGAAUCCAGGGAGACCCCAGAGCGGACAGUGUCCCUGAGCCAGAAGGACAGCGCCAUUCCUGAGAACAUUCGCCACAAGUUUGGGAACAAGGUGGUGGACCAUCUGAUCUCUGAGGAACAGGCUCGAAAGGCCAUUGGUGAAAUCUUUGAGGGCCAGAAGAGGUCAAGCUCAUGGCCCAGCAGGACCCAGAGCCCUGCGCAAAUCUCCUCCAUCUUCGCAGAUUACUACGACCUGGGCUACCACAUGCGGUCCAACUUGUUUCAAGGGCCACCCCAGGAGACAAAGAGCCUCAUGAAGGCUUCCUACACGCCAGAGGUGAUUGAGAAAUCAGUGAGAGAUGUAGAACAUUGGCACGGCAGGAAGACGGACGAGCUAGGACGGUGGCACCGGAAAAAUGCCAUGAAUAUGAACUUGCAGAAGGCACUGGAAGAGAAAUACGGAGAAAAGGGCAGAUCCAAGGGCAAGUAG